AGAACCAACAUGCCGUACAAAUGCAACGACUGUGAGAAAACGUUUUCGACGGUGGAAUUGGCAGAAUUGCAUGGUGUCCGUAAAGGACACGAGGAAUUCGAAGAAAUUGAGGCCUCGGAACACAAACCACGCACUGCCGAAGAAAUUAAAGAGACCCUUGAUCGCUUGCGUGAAAAGGUCAAGGACAAACGCAGAUUGGAGCAGGAACAGUACCGUUUGGAGCAGAAGAAGAACGCUGAAAUCGCGUCCAAGUCGAACAAGGAGACCGGAGAUGCCAUUGAGGCCGCACGGAAAAAGACUCAGUUGAAGGAAUGGGAGAAAAUGCGCCGACAAAAGGCCGAGGACGUUUUGGCGCGUAAGAAGAUUCUGGCGGAAAUUGAGGCAGACAAGAAACGACGUGCCCGUGAACGCGAACAGCGUCAAUUGCAGCGUGAGGGAAAAGGCCAGGCGGAAAAGGUGCAAAAGACUGAACGCGCCGAGAAUGUUUCGGGAACGUCUCCCUCGUCUAACACUGCUCGUGCACCCGCUACAUCGUCUCGACUCUCCAUUCGUCACGCCGGCGUAACGGUCAAUCUCAACGUUCCCGUCGAAGAAACACUGGGCCAGGUGUGUGCAAAGGUUAUGGAAAAGAUGAACUUGCCUCAUGAGCCGAGUGCGUUUUACACCACGUUUCCCAAGGCAGAGUUUCCACAAAGUCGGUUCACAGAAUCGCUGAAGGAUUUAGGUCUUGUCCCUUCAGCGGUAUUGCUAUUGAAGGAGUAAAAGUCUAUUGUGGGAUUCAAGGACGACGAUACGGAAUUGAUAUGCGUUUGUAACAAACAAUGCAGUAAUGACAGUAACGAUGGCCGGUUGUUGAAACGUUUUAAAACCUUUUUUUUUCAACAAGGCCCUGCUAUAUACACGAUUCGGAAGCGAACAAACUAGCAAGCUUACCCUUGGAUGUUGGUUUAUUCGGAACGGUAUUUAAUGAACUGGAAGAAAAUGAUGACGUCCAAGAAGACGGUGCUAGCAGCACCAAUGAGCCAGGGAGAGUUCUCCUUGAGGUAGUUGCAGUAAUCCGCAGCAGGGAAUGCGAUGAUACUCAACACAUAAGUGAUGUUUCCCGACAUGGACAGAAUGAAGAAGAAGAUGGAAAGACCUGAUUGUUUGUUAGUAUUGGAAACACGAUGGAUUGGGGUUGAGAGAGGGAGCCAAUCUACGGGCAAUUUCUUCCCAAACAUUUUCGUUUACGGAGAAUGCGUCGUAGUGCUGCUGCCACUCUUUCAAACCACUUCUUUCUUUUCUUACCCUUGGUUGAUUUGUUGCGGUGGUUUUUGAUAAUCUGGGGGAACCGGGCGACAAAGUACAGAACUGAACUGAUGACGCCAAACAUAGAGGGCCAAAUGCUGACAUCGUUGUUGCUGUUGUCGACCGAAGCCUUGCUGAUGACCCAGUUACCGAUGAACGUGGAAACACAAACGAUGCCAAUCAUGAACACACCACGUUGGGUCUCAGUCCAGGUGUCCCAGAAAAUGACACGCUCCUCGUAAGGUGCCAUGGGCGCAUGACCGCUUGCAGUUGUACGGCUUUCGAGCAAAGGUUGUUGUUCUCCAGUGCGGGUGCCGUUCUUACGAGCCUUAUACCGGUAAUAGUAUACUUGCAGCAGAAGCAUCGAGUCUGAGAAACAAUAGUAUACGGAGAGCACGAGGACUGUGGACGCAACAUUGCCCCAAAUGGAGCCGAUUACGUUGAAGGCAUCACCAAUAAGCCAGAUGAUGAGGAACAACUCAGAAAUGCUCUCGCCCGACUGGUACUUGUAAGUCUCGAGCAACUGGGGAAUGAGAAGCACAACCCAGCAGCCCAAGGACAGUGCUCCGAGCAAAGACGCAAGGCUCUCUAAAAAGGAAGAAGGACCUCCAAUGAUGGGCUCCGGCACGACAGGAAGUGUGGUAUUGCUGCCGUUUAAGGGGAGAAACAUGGUGAAGAGGGAAGGAGAAGGAGUUGGAAAAAAAAAAAUUGAAGAGAAUAAAAAGGAGAAACGAAAAAAAAAAGGAAAGAAAAAGAGAUCUGCCUACUGAACGAGUGGUGAGAAAAUUGAUGACAAGUUUCGGAAAGUUGUCAAGUUGUGGUAAGUUGUUGAUGGAUGGAUUGAGCCUUUUUUUUUUAAUUUAUUUAUUUUUUUUUCUCUUGAAAAUUAAAGAAAAUAAAAAAAAAAGGAAAAAAAGAAAAAAGAAUAAAAAAUAAAAAAUAGAAAAGGAAAGGAACAGAAGAACAAUGGAAACUACGUUUGAGGUUAGUUAAAAUUGUUUUCUCUGUCGGUCUUACUCUUCUGUCUUGUGUUCUCCACAGUCGGUGCUUACUGCCUUUAAGAGGAAACUUUUUUUUUCUGUGUGACGAGGACUGUCACUGGUGUCCUUGAUAAACGACGGUUCGUCCAAGUUGAUUAGUCGCGCUAUCCCGCUAAUUGCGGCGGCGACCUCUCAGCGACGGCAUGGUUGUCCCCACCACGAGCUGGUUUAUCAGUAGAGGAAGAUGUCGGGAGAGAAAUCAAGGAGAGGGCAGAGGGAGAGAGAUGCGUGCCUGUAACAAAGCGCGGGCCAGCCGGCGCGUCCGCAGACAGACAGGGAACGGUAGAACGAGGUGCGCCUUGUAGCCUGGUACAUAACCUUUUUUGUCUUAGGGAAUUCGCCUACUGCCCAUGGAAAUUCGCUGCUGCUGUUGGUCGCACACUGAGGGCGUGUGGAGAAGCGGACGGAGAUUGCGGGCUCAUCCGCCAAUGGAGGCGAGUUGUGAGAUCUUAUCGCGACACACGUGGACGGAAGCGAGGAGGAGUCGAUAGAGGAGCGAGCGAAGGCGAGAGUCGUAGACUCGGGGAAGGUAAGAUUGGACAAUGCGCAGGGCAUGCAGAAAAUACACUGCAUGGCCAUCGAAGAAGCACUUUCUGCCACGAAACGAGGCGAUUUCGCUUAAUCCGCGUGACAAUCGUCACUGUUACCUAAG